AAGUAAUUACGAAAUAUUUAGGCCUAUGGUUCCAUGAGCAGUCACUUUGUUGUUCAAGAAUACCCAAACAAGUUCUCUCUUACAUGUCGUUGCUUGAUAACAUUAUUAACUAAAUCUAGGCAUAGCAAUCAGUUUCGUGCAUAGAAAGUUAAACAAAGAAGGGUGCCAGUUUACGCUGUGUCGAUCAAAACGACAAUCAAUAAAAGGCAGCCAGAAGGAUGAAGUUGUAUGCAGUAAUCGUGCUUCAUAAAGGCACGAAAACUGCCAUACUUAAAGGAGCACAUGAUUUACAAUCAUUUGGAUACUUUCAACGAUCCAGUGUCCGUGAAUUCAUGGAUUUUACUGCUAAAUUAUUGGUUGAAAGAACACAAGUUGGAUUGAGGGCAUCUGUGAAAGAGCAAGAGUAUCUAUGUCAUGUCUUUGUGCGAAAUGACUCACUAUCUGGUGUUGUGAUUGCAGACAAGGAGUACCCAAGUAGAGUGGCAUUCACUUUAAUAGGAAAGCUUCUAGAUGAAUUUUCAGCUGUAGUGCCAUCAUCAACAUGGAAAUCAGGAAAUAGUAAUUUUGAUUUUCAAGACUGUGAGGAAUACCUUCAAAGAUUUCAGAACCCCAGAGAAGCAGAUCCAAUGAUGCGAGUGCAAUCAGAGCUUGAUGAAACAAAAGUUAUUGUUUAUAACACAAUAGAACAGGUUCUUCAAAGAGGGGAGAAGCUAGAUGAACUUGUUACCAAAUCUGAAGGACUAAGCACAUCAUCAAAAGCCUUUUAUACAACAGCGCGGAAAACAAAUUCAUGCUGUGGGUGGUAAUCAAGAUAGUUCUGGACAUUUAGCCAUUUUUUGGUUUAUUAUUAAACUAAGAUGGUUAGUUGAAAACUCAAGGCUCAGCUACAUUGCAAUAAGUGUAAAAUAAGAGGGACAUGCCAAAAGUUUUAGAAUUUGUAAUUUUCGGCAAUUGCUAAAAUUAAGUUUGAAUUUUUUAGAUAAAUUACCUAGCACAUGUCAUUAAAUUUAUUUUAAGAUGAGCUAAGUCGUCGAAGUCAUUGUUGCUUUCAACAAAAUAGCACCAAGCGUCAUCAGUGAUUUUCAGAUUGUUUUAUUUAUAGAAAGAUCUCUGUUAAUCAUUUCAUAAUCAAAUUUUCCUCUUAUAUUUUUUUCCAGUAGUAAACAUAAUUGAAAUGCUAUUAUUUCUAUCGAUAAGAUAAAUUCUAUGUUA